UUCAAGCGGAUGAACUUCACCGGAGCGCUCUCUUUACAAACAACAACCAGACGCAGAGACAGCAAUUUCUCAGCAAUUUGAAUACUUUGCUCACCUCUAACAUUUCCACACUACUUGGAUCUACUUGUUCGGACAGCCAUUAUUUUCCAGCCGGGCAUGAAGAAAUAGAGCCGCGCCGCCCUCGGCCCACCGGGAAGCGGACUCCUCUCUCUCACCCCCGGUCCGCCUCCUGCCGCCUCCUCCUGCUGGAGCUGGAGAGAUGCCCGGGGCAGGAUGUGCUCCAGCCGCAAGAUCCUGUGGAGCCUGCUCCUGCUGUCCUUGGUGGAGGUGGGCCUGGGUGUGGCGAGCAUCGUCCUGGGAGCCGUGGGCAUCAGCUGGGUCCGGGGCGAGCACAAGCCGCAGCAGGGCGAUGCGUCCCCGGUCUGGAGCGGACUCUGUUUUCUGGUCUGUGGGAUGUGUGGAGUGCUGUGUGCACGAAAGAGGACAGGUCUUAUUAUGAUCCUGUUUUCAGCGUGCUGUAUCUGUGGUCUGAUCGGUGGCAUCCUCAACUUCCAGUUUGUUCGGGCGCUGAACAAACGACCAGACUCGAUGCACUCGAUCCACCUGGCUGCCAUGACUCUGGCCUGUCUGGGGAUCUCAUCAUGUACGUUAUCUACGUGGCUGACCUGUCGCCUGGCCAGUUCUGAGCAGCAGAGGAUGUUCCUGGAGAGGGAACACUCGUUGCACCACUCACACGAGAUGACUGAGAAGGAGAUCCUGGACAACUCCAGUAACGGCAUUCCUCAAAUCUCCUACAAUGGACACAGUACAGCAUCACCAUGAUGAUGUAUCACCAAAGGCAAAUUGCACACACUGAAAUAGAAACCUUGGCAAUGAAUCGAAUGCUGUCAAAAGACAAAUGUAGCAUGUACUUCCUUCUACAUAUCCUGCGACAUACACAGUACACUAUACUCUGAGUGCAGGGUGUGAAUCCAAGUGUCUCGCCUUGGAGCCCUAUUGAGUGAGAAAGACAUUUUGACAGCAGAAGGGAGACGUUUGUGCGUCUGAAUAAUUAUGCAAACAUGGGUUCAAACCCCCUCUGUUCAACUGAAACCAAAGCCAGGAUGGUGGGCUGCCGUUUGGGUGACAAUUCAGGUGACAAACAUCUGCGUGACAUCAUCUGACCUUUAAGCUAAUGAGCAGGAAGGAUAGAUUUUAUCCAAUCAGAUGCCUCAAAGUGAUGAGCACAAAUCAAGCAUACAGCUGAUUCACUUGUGUGGAAGAGCUACUGCUAUUUCAGUCCCAAUGUCCUCAUGCUCUCUCUUUCUCUGUGUCUUGUUAUGGAAUGCAAAUGUUGAGAUAGCCUACAGUAAACUGUAUAUAUCAUCUGAUAAUGGAAUGCUUUGACAUGAAAAUACAGUGAUGCCUAAUGUACUGUAAUCUAUAUCCAUGCUUGUAUAU